AUGAGAUCUUUUGUUCUUCUUGGAUUCCUGUUACAAGUCUUAUUUGUAUUAAGUUAUCCUGAAUCUAUCAAGACCUUAGAAAGACGUGACUUGAGCGGUCUGCAAUCGAUCAACCCACAACAACUUUUCAAACGCUCAACCUCGCGGCCCAACCCGGUAGUUUGUCCAAAUGGUGACAAAUAUGAUUUGAACGAUUACAAUAAAGCGCUUACCGCUUUAGUCCAACGUAAGGUCAAAUGUGUUUACUAUUCCAACUUGGCUAUGGUGGUGUUCGACCAGGAUGGAAAUCCGGCCACAUUUACGGACUCCGAACCCUCAACCAUUAGAAAUUGGUAUGACUCUCAGAUCAGUCAGCAAUGUGAGACUCAAAGGCCAGUUAGGGUUCGAAGCAAGCAACCACCACUUCGCCCGGAUGAUUCCUUGUCCAUCGGAACCGCGUUCUUCAAUGACUAUGCCGCUGACAAGCAAGUCGUGAACUGUGAUGAUGAGGAUGACGCUUACAUACGUAAUUACUUGGCUUCCUUCUGA